UAAAUGAAGAUAACAUCUUGGUUAGCUAGGAUCGAUUUCCUGUUACGCAGACCCCAGAUUGACCAGCCUUGCUGUGAGCGGUUGUCCGCAGGAGGUGUCUCUUGAGUUCCCAUUGACCUGUCAAUCUGUGGGCCACCUGGCAUGGCCUUCUGCUCAGGCCGCUUUAGCCAGCUGGAGGUGGGGCAGAUCUGCUGUGGCUAUGUGAGCUGUCCCUGUGCAGGCUGGGGUCAGCCCGCAGGAGUGGCCACCUCCACCUCUCACGCCCACCCGAGACGCAGCCCUGUGAGCCGUGCCUGCACCUACUGUCCUGCAAUGAAAGGAAGUCGUGAGUGUGCAGGCUGGAGAGGUGGAGGGACAGCUGCUUGGGAUCAGCAAGGCCUCGGCUCGGUGCUUUGCCUGGGCGUUGCCCUCGCUGCCAGGCAGUGUUUGUCAGCCUGGAAACCCAGGCUUCUUCCCAUCAACUUCAAACUCAUGCCCUUCUCUAACGUUGUUUGAAAGUUUGAAACAUGCUAAAUUGAGACUGUAAAGAGGUUAAAGCACUUAGGAUUUUUAUUUUUCUAAAUCCUAUAAGUAAUAGGUAUAUUUUGGCUGUAAAGCCUUGAAAUAUUGAUUAGGAGGGGAAAAGAAAGUAUUGCAGCCCACCCCGUCUGCCCUCUGCAGAGAUCCUGGUCGCGAAGGGUUUGCCCGUCUUGCCAGCCCCUUUGCGCUCACCCUUGGUUUAAAUCACAGCCACGACUCCGACUCCGGCUUCCCCGUCUGUCUUGUGCUUCUUUGUCAGGAGACCCGCCCUCGAUUCUUUUUUCCUGUUUUUGAGAGGUUGUGAGACAGAGCCCCAUUUGCUAGUUCACUUCUCAAAACCUGCAAAGACUGGGGCUGGGUCAGGCACAAGCCAGGCGCUGGGAACUCAGCCAUGUCUCACACGUGGUGGCCGGGGCGCCACUCCUGGAGCCGUCAAGCUGCUUUCCCGGGUCCACGUUAGCAAGAAGCUGAAAUCAGAAGCCAGAGCCGGGCCUUGAAUGCAGGCACCCUGGUACUGUGUGAGAGUUCCGGCUGGUGUCGGAGGCCACGGGCCGGCCCCCCCUUGCGGCAUCACUGUGGUUGAUCCGGUCAGGCCUCUGCUGAGAGACGUUUCCCUGUGACCGACACUGUAGUGAGCUGUGCUUUGCGGGGUGGAUUCCUAGAAGCGGAAUUCUGAUUUAAGAAUGUGCUUGUCAAACUGCACAAACAGGCCCACUGGUAUACUCUGUUUACUGUUGUUUUGGGGGGGUUUAUGGUGUAGUCAAGGAUUACAGAAGAAUGGCAUUAAAUCCUGCCGUGUGGUUGUGGCAGCUGUUGGACUUGAAGUGUAAAGCUUCACGUGUGCCUUAGGAGAAGCCAGCUUGGCGCAGAGUGCCUGUGCAGGCUGCUGAGCGCCUGGCGUGAGCAGAAGCUCCCGGUGGGGUCAAGGCAUCGGCUGUUUCUGAUCUUUCGGAAUUUUUGCUGACCUCAGGAAGUGCUUGCACUAGUGAGCACCGUGUGGACAGAUCUGAGCCAAGAGCGCCGUGCACGAGCUCGUUCUAGCAACUGCAUAGAAGGAAAGAUGAUGAUGUCUCUGUCCCCUCAGAUCACUCCAAGAACGGAGACCCCUGUGCACAGCGCCAGCAGCAGCCUGGAGAGCACGCUGCACACGCCCGCACAUUCCGCUGACGAGGCGCUGCCCAAGAGGCCGCCGGGGAAGCACAGCAAAGGGUUCAUGUUACCCCACAUUUGCUGCUGGGAGCCCCCCAAGCUGACUUCUCAUGUCUCGCAAGAUGCUUUCUCGACCAGGAUGCUCGAGACUGGUGCCCCUGCCCUGACCCUAAAAUGUGCUUCACAAGCAGGUGGUGUCCCGGCUGCUCCUCUUCAGAUCCGGCUCCCUGCUAAUGGCCUGGGAAAAGCAGCAGACGAUGGCUCAAGUGCUUGGGCCCCUGCCAGCUCCUGGUUCCUGACUUCAGCCUGGCCCAGCCCUGUGCAGCGUGGACAUCUGAAGAUGAGUGUUGAGAAAGUGGACCUGAAGGGACUGUCACACACAAAGAGUGACAGAACUGUGGACUGCUCCUUUGAGGUCUUGUGGUCUGAUUCUUCAGUAACAUCAGUAACCAAAUCUUCCUCUGAAGUGACUGACUUUGUUUCAAAGCUCUCGCAGCUCCACCCUGAGGAGAAUUUGGAGAAACUCAUUCCUUGCCUCGCCGCCCCAGAUCCAUUUUAUGCAGAGCGAAACCACAUGGAUCUGGAAGCAGGCCUGAGGUACCUGGCUGCGUUACCGUCUCACGUGUUAAAAAAUGACCAGGUGAAGAAGUUUUUCAGCACUGCAUCCCCCAGCCCGCAGCUGCAGAGUGCGAGUCCCGGGAACCCCUCCCUUUCCAAAGUGGGUGCCAUGAUGGGCGUGUCUGGAAGACCCGUGUGCGGAGUGGCCGGCAUCCCCUCGGCUCAGAGCGGCGCCCAGCACCACCUGCAGCAUGCAGCCAGCACAGCCGCCGCCCUGCCCCACUGCUCUCACUCGGGGGCCCCCACGGGCUCGGCGCUGGCCUACCGGGCCCAGAUGGACGCCUCGCCCGCCAUCCUGAUGCCUUCCAGUCUGCAGGCCCCUCAGACCCAGGAGCAAAAUGGGAUUCUGGACUGGCUGAGGAAGCUGCGUUUGCACAAGUAUUACCCUGUCUUCAAGCAGCUCACCAUGGAGAAGUUCCUGAGCCUCACUGAGGAGGAUCUCAACAAGUUUGAGUCCCUCACCAUGGGAGCGAAGAGGAAGCUGAAGACUCAGCUGGAGCUGGAAAAGGAGAAAUCGGAGAGACGGUGCCUGAAUCCCUCUGCCCCGACCUUGGUCACCAGCAGUGGGGUGGCCCGUGUGCCCCCCACCAGCCACGUGGGGCCCGUGCAGACGGGGCGCAGCGGCCACACGGCAGAGCUGCGGGUGGAAGUGGAGCAGCCCCCUCACCGGAUGCCCCGGGAAGGCAGCUCUUCCGAGUACUCCAGCUCCUCCUCCAGCCCGAGGGGCGCGCAGGCCCGAGAGGAGAGCUCUGACAGCGCCGAGGAGAACGACAGACGUGUGGAGCUGCACCUGGAGGGGCCCGAGAAGGAGAAGCCCGUCACGCUGCUGAACCACUUCCCGUCAGGCUCGGCCCGGCCCACGGCCCAGGUUCUGCCCGUGCAGAACGAGGCCGGCUCCAGCCCGUCAGGCCACCACCCUGUGCCCCCACAGAUGGUGCCCGCCGGCUCGCACCUGGCACCCCUCCGCAUGCUGAACUCCGUGCACAAGGCGGAGAGGGGGGCCUCGGACGUGAAGCUCCUCUCGUCUUCCGUGCACUCGCUCUUGUCUCUGGAAGAAAGGAGCAAAGGGUCUGGACCAAGAAGCAGCAUCAGAGUGGACAAGAGCUUCGGCAGCGCCGUGAUGGACGCGCUGCCCGCAGCCCCGCCCCAUCAGCCCGUGCAGGGCCUCUCCGGACUUGCGGAGAGCAGCUCCAUGUCACCCACGGUCUCCUUCGGGCCCCGGGCCAAGGUCGUGCACGCAUCCACGCUGGACAGGGUGCUGAAGACAGCUCAGCAGCCGGCCCUGGCCGGGGAGAGCAGCACGGCCGCCGCGGGCACGCCGAGCACGGUCCUCCACGUGGCCCGGCCCCCCAUCAAGCUGCUGCUCUCCUCCUCGGGGCCUGCUGAGCCCGCCAUUUCGGGGCCAACGUCCUGUCCCAACAGCGUGCAGAUCAGCGUGCCCCCCGCGGUGAUCAGCCCCCGGACUGCUCUCUACACCGCCAGCACCAAAGUUGCCUUCCCUGCAGUGAGCAGCAUGCCCGUGGGCCCCCUGCAGGCCGGCUUCUGCGCCAGCAGCAACACUGCCUCCUCCAGCAGCCUCCCCUCCACGUCCUUCGCGAACGUGACCGCGCUGCCCAGCUGCCCGGCCCCCAGCUCGAGUCCUGCGCUUGCUUCCGUCCCCGAGAGCAGUUUCUACAGCAGCGGCGGCGGCGGCGGCGGCUCCACGGGGAACAUUGCUGCCUCGAGUCAGAGCCACCACCACCACCACCACCACCAGCAGCCGCCGGCGCCCCCGCAGCCCGCGCCGCCCCCGCCCGGCUGCAUGGUGUGCACGUCGUGCGGGUGCAGCGGUAGCUGCGGCUCCAGCGGCCUGACCGUCAGCUACGCCAGCUACUUCCAGCACCCGUUCUCGGGGCCGUCCGUGCUUACGUUCCCCUUCCUGCCCUUCAGCCCCAUGUGCAGCAGCGGCUACGUCAGCACCCAGCAGUACGGCGGCGGCUCCACCUUCCCCGUCGUGCACGCGCCCUACAGCAGCAGCGUGGCCGCCGAGCCCGUCCUGGGUGGCCAGUCCUCGUUUGCCGUGCCGCCCAUGCAGAACUUCAUGGCCGGGCCGGCCGGGGUGUACCAAACCCAGGGGCUGGUGGGCGGCAGCAACGGCUCCAGCCACAAAAAGAGCGGCAAUCUGUCUUGUUACAACUGUGGGGCCACCGGGCACCGCGCGCAGGACUGCAAGCAGCCGUCCAUGGACUUCAACCGGCAAGGUACUUUCAGGUUGAAGUAUGCCCCCCCCGCAGAAAGUCUGGACUCCACAGAUUGAUGACUUUGUCUGGCAACAGAGCGUGACUGAGCGGUGGAGACGCGAGGAACAUUCAAGCAGACUGCGAAGUCUCGUCGCUGUGGAGUUACUGUCUGAUCCAAAGGUGCUUCACUCUCCUAGACUGGUAGAGACCUAGCGAGACGUGCAUCCAGCUCGAUGUAUUGCCAAAUCCUAGACGGGAGCUCGCCGUCGGGACUCGCCUAGCAGGCGUCCCCGUGCCGCAGUGCAGAGGCCGCACGUCUCCCGAAGAGCACUGCUGUCUGUGGCCCGCCGCGGCUCUCACGCAAUUCCAGGGCAGCUAUGCGCGCGCGGAAGCGAGGACUGAGGGUGGAGUUCCCCCAGCGGACUCUCGGCGCCCCCGGGGUAGGGAAAUCGGCGGCUGUGUUUCGUGUCGUUUCGUUUCUUUCCUAAAGCGAUGAGGCACUAAUCUCUGGGAUUUUGAAGGAUUGCACUACGGAAGAAUGUACGCUCGCCGGCUCGAGCCCCUCCGAGACCUGCGGGACCCCGUGCUGAGUCCACGGCAGAUCCUAGUCUUUUCCCUCCGCCCAACACUUGUAGCAGUUCCAGGUUUCGAUUUUUUUUCCUGAAAAUAAAUUUAGCUGUGUUACGAAGUAGAAGUAGUUGACGCACAACAGGCUGAUUGCUGAGGGUCCAAGUCCUGGAGAGUGCAGACGUCGAGGCGCGCGGUCCUGCCGCCUCCACCCUGGGCAGCGCCUGUGGGACGCCGGCCGAGUCGCACUUGAUGGACGUUCCAGGAGCCGCACGGCCCUGUAAGUCGUGAGCAAGAGGUCUGACGUCUCCUCCUGUCGACUUCUCGUGCUAGGCUGUGUGCUGACGGUUAGUUCCGUUACAGUGACCUGGAGAGCUUCAGUAGAGCGUGGUGAGAGAGACCCUCUCCCCAGAGCGCCAGGGCGUGCGGACUCCCGCGUGCGUGUUUGUCUUUUCAGGCAGGAAGUGGAAGUCCUCGCUGUAGCCUCCGCGUCUCCACCCACUGGAACGGAAGCAUUUGGGUCUGGAGUUUAGGGACUUGAACCUUCCACGCAAAAGGGGUUUUUCCACUCCAGUAAUGUCACUUACAAUCAAUAUUGAUGCUGAUGGGGUCAGGCUGUGCCGGGGAUUUUCCAGACCGUUCUUAGAAUGGGACAAUCAGCCAGUGCAGGACCAGCGCCGCCUCCGCCGGAGACUCCGCGGGGCCCUGGGCAGGCAGGGGAGGCUUCCAGGAGGCUUCCAGCCGAGGCCUGUGGCGUGGCGUCAGCUGACUUUGAUUUCUAUGCAAUGCGGAGCGGGCGGCCCUCGCUCCUCUGUUCCUGGUACAGUGUUACGGGCCGGCGACGCGCGUUCCAGCAGCGGCCGAGGGGCUGUCGCGUGAAUCUCUUCCUUCAGACACUACACCGUGUCACAGCAGUGGGAGCUGACACGACUUUGCCUUAAGGAGCACUCGGCUGGGGCUCACCUUCGCGGAGGACUUGGGCGCUCGCUCCGUUCCUGGAGGCCGUGGACAGUGGCCUGCGUAUGUGCUGAAAGCCAAACUUUUAAAGUUUUUUUUUUUUUUUUUUUUAAAAAGCUGUUUUAAAUGAAUCCUCUCUCACCACAGUGGGUUUGUGGACAAGAGUCUCCUAGCCAAGGUGGAAUCCCGGCUCCGUUUCUGUCCGGUGCUCAGCCUGGUGAGUGGAAGCGCCGGCUGUUGCCCCACGGCCGCUGUGUUUGCUGAACGCUGGAGGUGAGCCUUGCAGACAGCGCCAGAUCCACGUGGAACGCGCGCCUCAGCAUGCAGCCAGGGCCCCUGCGGCCCCGCCGGGCUGUGUCUGCUCACCGAGGGCUUGGGAGGACUUGCCCUUGUCUCCCGAAGCGCAGCUCACGAGGUCCCGGCAUGAGAGCUCGGCCUGGGGGCGCCAGCCUCGGACUGGGCCUGUCUGCUGGCGGCGGCGUCUCUGAGUCCUGGGCAAAAGCAACCAAAGCCCGACGAGCGCUCUGGGCACCAGAGCCGGGGUGCGGCCGCAGGCGCAGGCGGCUGGCGCGGUUGGGGUCUGUCGUGUCUUAGCUUCUGGGCCCCGUUUUCUCCAUCUCUGAGACUGGGGCGAGAGGACGUGCAGCGUUGGGGAAGAAAGAACUAUUUAACCUUUCAGUCUCUUUUUUAAGCAAAAACUCGUUUUCUACCUUAUUUUCUAAUGUUUAUUUCAUGAUAAUAUCAAAAUUGGAAAGUAUUUAACAUUAAACUCCUGAUUGCUAAGAGCAGAGAUGGGAGCUAGCACUUAGAAUAGACUCACCAUUCACAACGCAUCUCUGCGUGGUGUUCAGAAGGCCGCCCCCGUCCCCUGCAGACCCCAGGGUCAGCUUGUUCAUACCGUAGUCAUAGGUUCUGUAUUCUCAUUCGUAUUUAGGACUCUAGGUCCGUCCUGCGAGCAGUCAGCGUAGUUGGUGCACUGCACCCGCCGUGCCGUGGCGCAGCGCGGAGGCAGGGACUCGCCAGCUGCCCCGGCCUCCACUCUCCGCACGGGACCUGGGCUCUUGGCCUCCGAGCUCCCCGCUCUUCCUGGGGUUCUGUUGGAGGUGUUCACAGGCUGCUGGGGAAACCCCGUGCGUGGCUCAGCCCCCGUCCCCGAGGAUGGGCCGGGGGCCUGGGCAGGGCUGGCUGUCCUUCCAAAGCCAGGGGUUCUGGAGAGGCGGAACCGUUCCAGGUCCCAGGGGUCUGAAUAGAAGUGAGCGUCGCUAACCCAAACUCGCAAUAUUCUAGAAAACCAUAUACUGUGCUGGUGGAGGCCAAAGCUUCAGGUCCCUGCUCUGUUGCCCGAGGGCGGAGCGGCCCCCGCCCAGCGCCACCUCACCCUCCCCUCGUCACGCGUGUCUGCUUCCGGGCGCACACAGAAGGCUUCCCAGCCUCUGCUGGACAGAUUUUCUUUUUAGGAAUGAAGGAAAAUUCUCAUUUUGAGCCAUUCUUUUGUCAAUUCUACAAAAUUGCAUGUAACUUUAUAAAUAUUUUUAAAAGAUAUAGUUUUGUAAAUAUUUAAUAUUCCGCUAAUUUGAUUUUGAAUUGUAAAUGUCAAGUAUUCUGUUUUUGGGGUUUUUAUGUUUUAUUAUACUUUGUUAAAAAGAAAAAAAAUUGUACAUUUUUAGAAUGUUUUUAUGAGUAAAUUUAAUGUACUGAAAAUAAAAAAUUUUAAAAAAGGA